AUGACAUCGCUUUCAUCAGUGGUGGCAACAUGCCCCGUCAACAUCCAACAACAACUCCAUGCCUUGAUGAAGAUUGCAAAGGUUCCAUUCAGUCACUCUACAAUGGCCUACGACCCAACUCUUGCCUUUGUGACACUAUUCUUCUUCAUGUAUAUGUUGAAGGUAAACAAUGGACAACUUCCACCAGUGGCUUCACUCUGCCAGAACUUUGCCAACUACUAUAGUGGGUUCCAAGAGUACUUGCCUAGAUUUGGUAUUAUCGAUAUCAAGAAUAGAAGACAUGUACCAUGUGUCUACACCAUUGAUCCAUUGCUGGGUCUAGAUGAACUUCUUGAAGCAAUGUAUGGUGACAAGUCGAACCAAGUUGACUUGUCAAUGGUCGUAGACACUAGGAACUUCCUGGUCAAUGGACUUCAAGGAGGAUUGAUCCUUUUUGUGCGCUACCCCAGCUUGAAGGCAUCUGGUCAAAGACAUCUUGGAGUGGGUCUUCCAUAG